CAACUGGGAUAAUACUUUGACAAUGCAUAGUUUCUUUAUGUGGCUAGUAUAUAUCAAAUACUGUAGUGAUGAGAGCUAACUUGUUGUUUCGCGUUUAGAAUAGGAAACUGAUUAGAUAUUCACCUAUAUCAUAUACAUUAGCUAUUGAUUAGCAUACGCUUUACGCUCAUUGACUGUAGGCAUCACUUGUGCUCCGGCAAGAGCGGCAAGUGUUUCCUCCUGGAGGCUGCAGCAUGACGACACGACUGAGUGACCUCCCAUAUGUUGUGACGGGACGGGUGUGUGACUACCUCAAUAUUCCCAGUGCCCUGGGUAAGGACUGGCGAUACCUGGCAGGAAUGCUUGGAAAGACGUCACACGAUGUUGAGCUGAUCACAUUUCGCUGCCCCAGAGACCCAUGUGGGGCUCUUCUUAACGACUGGAUCUCAACACAUCCUAGAUCUACUGUUGCCGACCUGGUCAUCAAACUGAAGGACAUGGAGCGUCUGGAUGUCAUCAGUGUCCUGGGCGUAGACUGGGAGAACAUGUAACGGUAAUCUACGGACGGAGGAAGGACAUGGAGCGUCUGGAUGUCAUCAGUGUCCUUGGCGUAGACUGGG